AAACAAGUUAUAGAUAGAAGAAGCAGACGUUGGGACAAAUCCCUGCGGAGACCAUGGCAGAUGACUUUGAUGUUGAGGCUAUGAUAGAGGCUCCAUACAAAAAGGUGGGAAGCUAGAAUUGCCAGGCUUGUAGCUAUGUUUUUUUGCGCAUUCACUAUUUGCUGGUCUUGUAUCAUCUUGCUGCUCAGAGAUAUGUUGCUAUUAUUUAUGGUUAAAUGGAUGUUUGUGCCUCUCAGCGUUUGAAUGAGGUGUGUGAUGCAUUGACAUAAUCCUUAAAAGUCUGAAUAAAUGCCCAACUCUCUCUCUUUGUAGACUUGCCUAACAAUAUCUCUCCUCUUCUCUCACCUUUUGAUUCGAGUGAGAACUGUGUGUUGGGGGGAGAGUGUAAGGUAGUAAUUUAGCAAUGUAUUGAUGUACUGUGAUCCCCUAGGACAAAAAGAGCUUCAUCUUAGAACAUCCUAUCACCCUUAUUGGUUGCAACAAGGUGAAUGCAAAUGGGUGAAAAUUAGCACAUUUUACCCCACAUGCAAAGGAGACAAUAUUCACAUUUUCUGUUGACAUGGUAGCUAAAGGCAUUUUCACAAUGUUUACACCUAAUGUUACAGUUGGAUUGACCCAUAGAAAUAUAAUUACUGUGGUACCAGUAGUUCUGAUACAUAUUCUAUUUAUAUACGUGACCUUUAGUUAUGCAUCAGUCUCAAUCAAGUAAGGCUGACCUAAAAAAUAGGCCUUACAUGCAUAAGUACCUAUUUUACCCUUACAUUUGGCUAUAGUAGAUUAGUCUUCUCUAUAGUAUAUCACUUAUUAAUAAAUAAGGCUUAGAUGUGUAGUCAUGAUUUUGCCAAGGUCAACAAAACAAGCUAUUGAUUAUUUUAAAAUAUGAAUACUGUCUCCCUGCCCAAGUCUAUUGUGAUGGUUUCUGAUUUUGUAAAUCAGCAUCUUGACUUUGCAUGCCUUUUAACACCAGUAAUAUUUUACGUUUAUUUUCUUACUAUUUAUUUGUAAGAUUUAUUUCAAGGUUUCAUUUCUAUUAUACAUUUAGUUAAUGAUUUCACCAGUAUGAGUAUUUUUCCCCUCAUAAAAUUCAAGCCAUUCAAAUACAAACAUCUCCAUUCAGCUGGCACAAAAAAAUUAUAAGACAUUUAACAUGAGGCUAAACUAGUAUAUUUUUUUUCUUCAGUUUUACUUGGGAGUCCAUAUUACUAAGCAGUGUGAAUCCCUGUUUGCUUCAGGGCGAGAUGUGACAGAGGUGGCAUCGAACUCUUACAGUCCAAGAAGGAAAAUGGGUGAAGAUCACUGGACUGACAUCAACCACAGGAUCUCUUUUAGCGGCUGUGGGCCAAGCAUGGUCUCAGUGGGCUUAGAAACAGAUAGUGGUACUGGUACGACAAAGGAGGGGUGGGGUUGAGAUGACCAAACUGUUCCCAUAACUUACUGUAUCAUGCCAAAAUAGUAUAUAUUUUUCCCAUAUACUUUGACUUUUGGUUGGAUUGAGUACUGUAUGAUAUGUAGUUAUAACAGCAGGGGGAGUAAUUGGAAUGGAACUCUACAGGGGCUGUAGAAGGACCCCCUUACAUACUUGUCCAAACAUAUUAAUGUUAACAGUAUUUUAACCUAAUGGUUAUGUUUUGUAUUUUCUUGUUCCCUCCCUCACCCCUGACGACUUGCAAUGUUUCCUCUACAUCCUCAUGAUGUUCUUCUAUCAACCCUGCUUAGGAUGAAAUCAAGUCAUCUAGUGCUAAUGGAAAUGAAGAGCGCAGUAGUAAGAAGAAAAAGAGGAGCCAUCGUAGGAGUAGUCGCAGCCCGAGCUCUGACAAGUGCUACAGCAAAGAUGGGAAGAAGAGUCCGGAGAAGAAACGCAGCCGCAGUAAAGAACGCCGACGCAGUGGUUCCAGUAGCAGGGAACAUGCUGGACGCUACAGAGGACGCCAGGGCCCCUUUCAUUGGCAGCAGACAACUGGAAGGAAAAGUGGCCAACGGCAGUGUUGGCUUUGGGGAUGACCAGUGAAAUAUACCUGCUGGAGCGCGUUCUACGUGUUGGUGCUGCAAUGGUGACCAGUGAGCUAAGUUGGAAACGCUCAAGAAGUCAUAGCCCCUUGAAGAAAGACAAGAGUCCAGUAAGGAAACCAAUUGACAACCUGACCCCAGAGGAGAGGGAUGCCCACACUGUUUUUUGUAUGCAGCUGGCAGCCAGAAUCCAACCACGAGACCUAGAGGACUUCUUCUCAGCCGUGGGGAAAGUGAGAGACGUGAGGAUGAUCUCUGACAGAAACUCCAGGAGGUCAAAGGGCAUUGCCUACAUUGAGUUUCUGGAUGUGAAUUCAGUCCCGCUGGCUAUUGGCUUAACUGGUCAGAGACUUCUAGGAGUGCCCAUCAUCGUACAGGCCCCUCAGGCUGAGAAGAACAGAGCUGCAGCAAUGGCCAACAACCUUCAGAAGGGUAAUGCUGGCCCUAUGCGGCUGUAUGUGGGCUCGCUACACUUCAACAUCACAGAGGACAUGCUGCGAGGUGUCUUCGAGUCUUUCGGAAGAAUUGAGAGCAUACAACUGAUGAAUGACAGUGAAACUGGACGAUCCAAAGGAUAUGGUUUCAUCUCGUUUGCAGAUGCAGAGUGCGCCAAGAAGGCCCUGGAGCAGCUGAAUGGCUUUGAGCUGGCCGGGCGGCCCAUGAAGGUUGGUCACGUGACGGAACGCACCGACCCCUCCACCGCCAGCUCCUUCCUGGACAACGACGAGCUGGAGAGGACAGGCAUUGACCUGGGCACUACCGGGCGCCUGCAGCUCAUGGCCCGGCUGGCAGAGGGUACUGGUCUUCAGAUCCCCCCGGCUGCACAGCAGGCUCUACAGAUGAGUGGUUCCAUCCACUCGACUCCAAUCUACUUCAACAUGGCAGCUGGUACAGACAUGCAAGCGAGCCUGAACCCACCCCCUGAAGCUCCUGCCACCCUUUCACUGAAUCUGGCUCCAAGCAUGAACCAGGCCAUGACCCUCUCAACGCAGCCACUGGCUACGCACUGCCUACAGCUGUCCAACAUGUUCAACCCUCAGUUGGAAAAUGAACCUGGCUGGGAUGUCGAGAUUCAAGAUGACAUCAUUGAGGAGUGCAACAAACACGGUGGAAUUGUCCACAUAUACCUUGACAAGAACUCUCCUCAGGGCAACGUGUACAUGAAAUGCCCGACAAUCCCAACAGCAAUGGCUGCAGUGAAUGCGCUACAUGGGCGGUGGUUUGCUGGUAAAAUGAUCACUGCAGCGUUCGUACCUUUUCCGACCUACCAUAACCUUUUUCCUGAUUCGGUAACUGCAGCCCAAUUAUUGAUGCCUGUGCGGCAAUGAUUCUGCCAUGCAUGGGGUAGAUGUCACAAUGCCUGUUGGCUU